GGGCAAGUGUUCCCGGUUAAAGGCAGUCCGAGGGGCUGUCCGAUGUGAUGCCUGAAUGAAAAGAGAAGAGCGACGCCUGCGCCAGGGAAGCAGAUUUACGACGACAAAUUUCGACGGCAACCUUCUGUUUUCUCAUCUACUUAUUUAAAUCUCAGAGUCCUUUUAUAGCAUGGACUCCCGCAAAGUGACAGAGUUGAAGGGCUUCGUGCAAUUGUGCGAGUCCAAUCCCGCCAUCCUGCACCUUCCCGAGAUGGGCUUCUUCCGCACCUGGUUGCACAGCAUGGGUGCAAAGAUCCCUUCCCCAUCUCCCCCCAAGGAGUCAUGCCAGGGUGGGUGUCCCUGUGGUCCUCCCCCGAGAUCUUCAGCUCCCCCACCUGAGCCUGAGCCUCCUGCACCAUCUGAAAGUGAAGAGAGUGAAUUAGAAAAAGACCUGGAGGGCGUCAUUGAGCCAGACACUGAUGAACCACAGGAAAUGGGAGAGUUUGAAAAUGUUGAGGUGUCAGAGGAGAUGAUGGACUUGGCCAAUGACAAGAAGAUAGAAGCCAUUAAUGCUCUGGGAGACGGAGAUCUGCAGAAAGCUCUGGAUCUUUUCACUGAAGCCAUCAAGAUGAAUCCCUGCGUGGCCAUCAUGUACGCUAAGAGAGCAAGCGUUUACGUUCAGAUGCAGAAACCCAACGCAGCCAUCAGAGACUGCGACAGAGCCAUCAAGAUUAACCCGGACUCUGCGCAGCCUUACAAGUGGAGGGGUAAAGCUCACAGGCUGCUGGGACACUGGGAGGAGGCAUCCCAGGAUCUAGCUACAGCCUGCAAACUGGAUUAUGAUGAGGAUGUCAGUGCACUGCUGAAGGAGGUGCAGCCCAAGGCCAACAGAAUCAUCGAGCAUAGGCGCAAAUAUGAACGCAAGAGGGAGGAGAAGGAGAUCCGGGAGAAGCAGGAGCGUGUCAAGAAGGCCAGGGAGGAGCACGCUCGCGCUCAGAAGGAAGAAGAAGCCCGAGGAGGAGGAGGAGGAGGAGGAGGAGGAGGAGGAUUCUUCCCAGGUGCAGGUGCAGGGUUCCCAGGUGGGUUCCCAGGUGGGUUCCCAGGUGGAGCUGCUGGCAUGCCUGGUCUGAAUGACUUGCUGCAGGAUCCUGAGCUUCUCAGCGCCAUGCAGGACCCGGAGGUGAUGGUGGCCUUCCAGGACGUGGCACAGAACCCGGCCAACAUCGCCAAGUACCAGAACAACCCCAAGAUCAUGGCGCUCAUCACCAAGCUCAACUCCAAGUUUGGAGGAGCUGCACCUCAACCUCAGCCCUAGACCUGGACCUGGACCUGGACCUGGACCUGGACCUGGACCUGGACCUAGACCUAAGAUGUUGUCUUCUUCUGUUAAACUUUGGAUCUUCAUAAAGUUGCUUUCACAAA